AUGGCCAGCUCUACAGUAACAGCAUCCAGACGAAGCUCAGGAUGGAAUGUUGUCUUCCUCGCCGGAAAGAGUCAGAGUUAUAGCCCUUUUGCUGGCGUUUUUAGCCCGGCUGACUGUUCAUUAUUGACAUUCCAAGAUGUUGUUCGCGAAAUGAGCCUGUGUUUUGAAUUUGACAGUAGUCGAGAUACCAGCGUCUGGGACAAUAUCGCCUUUGAAACCCUCGAUGCCGAUCUUUGCGAUGGAUCGUUUCCUUCAUUUGUGAAGGAUUUGGGUGUUUCUAUUCCCAGCCUUGAUUCACCCAGCCUCAAGCGCCCAAACAUCUUACGAUUUCGCAUUUUGCGGCAUACCCCCUGUCAAUUGCCCGACAGUGCACCAUUAGAUACUCAUCUUCUGGCCAAGUGCGCCAACUAUCUUCCCCAGCCUGUCCGGCGUCACAACCCACGAUACCUUCCACCCAAGACGGCGUCAUCAGAUACACGAUACGCCAAGAUGCCACAUCGAUCAAUCCUCAAAGGGCGUCGAGCAUCUACAUCGCCAAAACGGCCACGAUCUGGUUCAACGUCACCAAAUAAGGACCCAGUCGACCCAGAGGAUAUCGAUGUCAACGAUAUGGCUAUGCCAGCCGACGCGGACGUGGACCUCACUAUGGCAAGAAAGUACGCAAGCAAUUUCCGAACCUCAUGCCUUGAUAGCGCAGAUGCUUGUGCUGUGAGUGGAAAAGGCGCCUCAUGGUAUUACAAUUCAGAUGUUGGCCCUGCUCUUCAUGCCUGUCAUGUCGUGGAACAGAAGCAGUAUCAUCUGUAUCCCCUGGAAGACGACGACAAUGACGACGACGAGACCAUGUAUAGCACACAUCGACUAAGAGAGUUGUGGAUACGCACUUGGUCACCAGCGAAUAGUAUUCUCAUGCUGUCACACCUUCACGAGCUUUUCGACGCACGACUCUUCUCGAUCCAUCCAAAGACACACCAAAUACGCGCCUUCGUACCAUAUGAUGUUAUCACAGAAUACCAUGGUAAAAAGGCAGCUUUACCUCGGGACAUUGAUCUUUUGGCCCUGCAACAUCACUACGAUAUGUGCUGCAUUGAGAAUAUGGCCGCCAAGUUUCCAUACGUUGAAGUGACCACCACGCAAGAUAGCACCAUGACGUCUGGUACCAGGACACCAGCCAGUACGAAAACAGAUCUUCCAGCGACCCCACGCUCGGGAGAUGUAGGCUUCAUGGGCGAUCCGUCUAAGAAGCAGCGACUCACCACUCGAGAGCGUGAUCGAUCAUCUGGCGCCCAGGAUGCGGUGGAUGGAGUGACAUGGCCGCUCGAAGGAGAGGAGAACGUUGGGAAAAGGAAGCGAUCCGACAGUUUUGACUUGAACGUCAGGUAUCUACAUAAUGCACACGAUACUGAUAGUUAUGUCACACCGCUGAAUAGCCGUGGGUUUUUAGCAGAUGUUAACUGGGAACUGAAAAGGUUCAAGGCUAAUAAGCCAUACUAG